AUGUUGAUGUCUCUGGCUGUGAUUGGAGUCGUAUUGUUAUUCCUACAUCUUUAUAAUGCGCUUGUGGUGAGGCCGAAGAGGCUGCGAUCCAUGAUUACCAAGCAAGGAAUCAGUGGUCCGUCGCCGGCUUUUCUUCUGGGAAAUAUCAUGGACAUCAAGAAGGCCUAUCGUCCGAGCAGCAUUACUAAGGCUGCGACAAGCGAACCCUUAACUUACCACAACUGUGCUGCUGUUCUCUUCCCCUUCUUUGAGCAGUGGAGGAAGAAAUAUGGUGAAGUGUUUGUGUUUGCACUCGGCAACACGCAGAUUCUAUAUGUGAACAAACCCGAGGCAGUGAAAGAGAUUACAACAUGCACAUCCUGGGACUUGGGGAAGCCUAGUUAUCAAUACAAAGAGCGCCGUCCCUUACUUGGCCAUGGUAUUCUAACCUCCAAUGGUGCCUCUUGGGCUCAUCAGAGAAAAAUCAUUGCUCCUGAACUAUACAUGCAGAAAGUUAAGGGAAUGAUCAACUUAAUCACAGAGUCUACAAUGAGUCUGGUAGACUCUUGGAACAGUAAGAUUGAGGCACAGGGAGGAAUUGCAGACAUAAAAAUGGACCAGUGUAUGAAAAGUUUCUCUGGUGAUAUUAUCUCAAGGGCUUGUUUUGGAAGCAACUAUCUAAAAGGCGAAGAGAUAUUUCAGAAACUAACAGAUCUCCAGGAGGCCAUGGCCAGGAAACUUUUCUUGACCGGAAUACCUGGAUUGAGACACCUUCCAACAAAGAGCAAUAGGGAAGCUUGGGCAUUAGAGAAGGAGGCUGCAACUUUGAUACUACAGGUAGUGAAGGAGAGACAGACUGCAGGAUAUGAGAAAGACCUGUUGCAAAUGAUUCUGGAGGGUGCUAAAAACAGUGACCUUAGCCAAGAGGCAACAGACCGUUUCAUUGUGGAUAACUGCAAAAACAUUUACUUGGCUGGAUAUGAAACCACAGCAGUUACUGCCACAUGGUGCCUCAUGUUGUUGGCUUCGAAUCAAGAAUGGCAAGAACGUGUCAGAGCCGAGGUACUUCAAGUUUGCGAGGGUCGAAUUCCAGAUGCUGAUAUGCUCCUUAAGAUGAAACAGCUAACAAUGGUAAUUCAUGAAUCGUUGCGCCUUUAUCCCCCAAACACUGUGGUGUCAAGGGAGGCUCUUAAGGACUUGAAAUUUGGAGACAUUCGUGUGCCAAAGGGUGUUAAUAUUUGGACAAAUGUAGUAACCCUGCACACUGAUCCUGAAAUAUGGGGACCGGAUUCCUACACGUUCAAACCGGAGCGAUUCGCCAAUGGGAUCUCUGGUGCCUGCAAACUUCCUUACUUGUACAUGCCGUUUGGGAUUGGACCACGAAUAUGUCUUGGACAGAAUUUUGCAAUGGUUGAACUCAAGAUUCUGAUAGCUCUCAUACUCUCCAACUUCUCCUUCUCACUAUCUCCCAAGUACAUCCACAAGCCUUCUCUUAAGUUGGUUAUUGAACCAGAACACGGAGUUGAUCUCUUGGUGAAGAAGCUGUGA